GCAGGUCUAACAGUUCAGAAUCCGUUGUUGAACUUCCUUGUGGUAACUAUGUUGGAGUUAUGUAAGAGGAUAAGGCUGUCAUAGCACAUCUAGUCUACCAAUCAAUAGCCUCUGGCUACAGCCGCCGCCUCCCCCUCCCUGGCUAUUUAGGACGUUUAUUCACACCAUCCCUCCCAGUGUUUAGCUCUGUCCCUCAUCCCAUCUCGGAGUCUUUUCCCAUUUACUUCCCCGCACCCUCCGCCUCCUGUCCAGCUGGUUCCUUGGUUUUAGUUGUCCCUACUCUUGCCCGCUGGUCCUCCAGCUGUCUGGCACUCCGCCCUCCCUGCUUCUAUCUGCCUGUCUCCUCGCCCCUCCAGGUGCGCACCCAGUACCCAGGGCCCCCGCUGCGCGCGUGCGCCUUGAACUCUUGGGCAGCAAGAUCACACAGUUGGGAGAAACUUCAGCGGCUGGGCUUGCGGUGAGCAUCGCAUCCAAGCCUCGCGACCCAUACUCGCGGGAGACUGGGCCAGGUGACUACCCUUUGGCGCAAUGGGCUGCUCCAGCAGCGCCCUCAACAAGGCGGGCGACGGCAACAGGUUCCGCAGCGGAGUACCUUCAAAUGAGAAUUCAUCUACUGGAGAACAAAGCAAGUUCUGCGUGGCCCAACCCAUGCCAUGCACACCAGGAAGAGAAGCUGCCUUCUACGGCAGUGCACAAAGGCCUGGCCAGGUCCCGUUAGAGAGGCCCAAGGCUUCCGUGGUGCCUACAGCCAAUGGUGUUAAAUCCUGCCACCAACCAUCCCAGGCAAAUGAUGAGGCCUCUGGAAAGGAUGCCGCAGACCCAUCAGGACCCACAAAGAAGACUGAGCCUCCCGUGCAAGGGGCAGAAUCUGAUCUACUUCAGCCAGGAGGCAACGAUGAUACGUUGGGGGCGGAGGAAAAGAAGAAAGAUGUAGAAACAAGGACAGAGGCCCAGUCUCUGAAAGGAAACGCUGAGACUGAGCCUCUAGGAACAGAAGCCAGGAGCCAGCCUCUGAGCACAUCAGGAGAGAGGGACUCCCCCGGAGCAGUGGAGGACUCUGAGAUUCCACAGGCUGCCAGAGGGACGAAACUUCUAGAAACGGCGGCGGAGAGCGCUCUUCCUCUGGAAACGGCUACGGAACUGCUGCCUGAAGAAGCAAUGGGAAAGGACGCGCAGCCCCAGACUGUAGAAGCAAUUCUCAAGGAGAACAACUCUCCAGAAAUGUCGGAAGGAAAUCAGUUUGUGGAAGAAGCUGAACAAAAGGAACUUCAAGAGACCCCAAAGGACAAACAGUUUCAGCUUCUGGAAGCAAUUCCCAAAGAGAACAACUCUCCCGGAGUAGCAGAAGGGGGUCAGUCUGCGGAAAGCAGUGAGAAGCAGCAACCUCAGGAAGCACCAUGCAAAGAUGUGCAGCCCCAACUUCUGGAAAGAAUUCUCAAAGAGAGUGAAACACCACAAGUGCCUGACGGAAGCCAGCUUGUGCAAACUCCUGUAGUGAAUGAGUCACUCUGUGAAACUCCUGAUGGGACCAGAAACACCCAGGGAUCUCACUCCGAAGCAAGCGCUGGAAGCAGGGAGGAGCUGGCAGGAGCUGCAGAGACGGCAACAAACGUGGACGUGGCCAGAGAAAUUCAUACCGAUAAAGAGGAGCAACACAUUGAAGGUGAGACUGGAGAAAAGAUGGAAGCAGAGAUGAAACACGAGAAAGGCAGUGAAGAAGCUAAAGUCAAAGAACAAGAAACAGGAGAAGCUGCCGACCUGGGGACCGCAGGGGACAGCGACGGAAGGGCUACUGUACACAGCUUGUUAUAGAAAAGGGCAGGAAAAUUUGAGGCUGUGGGGCCAGAUGCCAUCUUUUUCUGUGGCUGUACACUGACUGUAGAAACCAGGAAAAUAAUGUUGUUUUUGAUUGUGUUUUGCCAUAAGACUGCUAAGCUAUACAGUUUUUUAGGUACUAGGAUAAUUAUGCAUUCAAAGUGACAAUAGCCGUUACCAAUAAAAACUGAGAUCAUUUCAGAAUGUGAAGGUGAUUUUCUUCCUUGUGGUCCAUUCAGGAUAAAAUGAGACCCUAAAAGGGAAGUUUUAGAUGUAGGGGAGCUAGAGAGAAAUUAGUAAAAUUUAAGGAACUCAUGAUAGCAGAGUUACAUAGUUAUAAUAAUGAUGGGAUAAGCGUGAAUACCCCCAGGACACAGGAUAUUUCUGGCUUGUGAUAGAAAUUAGAGCGUUUUCCUGCAAGGUUUGGCAUUUUUCACAAUGAAAGGCUCCACA